UGUAAUACGCUGUUCCGGAGCCACCGCCCUGCAUUGAGAAGGGAAAAGCUGUUCCUCCCUCCACACACACCCUCUGUAAUCUAGCCGCCGAAGUUAACCAUUUACCUUAAUGCCCUGCGCCAUUCUUUCUGGCUCUUAGCUUAGUGUUCAACAUGUCCGCGGACGCUAUUUUCUCCGCCGGCUUUCUGCUUUUGCUGCUGUGUUAUUCUGGAGAGUCGUGUGUCCAGAAACAUGUCCAAGCCCAGGUUCCUGAGAAGAUGCUGCCUGGUUAUGUUGUCUGUAAAGUGGAUCUGGCUCUUUGUGGGGUCAGACAUCUUCAUUUGACCUCCACUGAUCCUGAUUUUACCAUACAGAGAGAUGGUACUGUCUCUACUGCCCAAGUCACAACUGUACCAGGCAGCGGCAAAUAUUUCUGGAUAAAAGUGCGGGAUGAAGAACAUCAAAGGUGGAAAGUACACGUCAAGCUGUCCUCCACUGAUCCCAAGAGUCAGACAUCCAGCAAUGUAGUUCACAAACGCUUCAAGAGAAGGUGGAGUCCUCCGCCUUUCAAUAUCGUUGAGAAUGACGUUGGACCAUUUCCCAAGGAUGUAGAAGUGAUUGCAUCAGACUCUAAUGUAAAUUACACAGUUUAUUAUACAAUCGAUGGCCCUGGGAUUACCGAACCCCCUAUACGUCUGCUCACAGUGGAAAAGGAGACCGGCUUGGUGAAAAUUCACGGACCUGUUGAUCGUGAAAUGUACCCAAACUUUACUUUCAGGGCCCAUGCCAUGGACAGGUUCACCAAUAAGGAAAGAGACAAAUUCCUGCCAGUCACUGUGAUUGUGUUGGAUGUAAAUGACAACGCUCCCGAGUUUGUGAAAAACUCACUGUUUUUUUCAGUGCAGGAACACUGCAACCCAGGCACUAGUAUAGGAAGAGUGAAUGCAACAGAUAAGGAUGACCCCACCACAGAUCACGCCAAGCUCAAAUUCUCGCUCAAAAAUGGCACGGACCUCUUUAAAAUUGACCCAUAUAGUGGAAUUAUUUCUGCACUCACGGACACAUUGGACAGAGAGACUCAAGAAAACAUUUACGUUACAAUAGAGGUCAGGGACAUGGGUGGUGAACCUAAUGGUCUUUUUAACACAGCAGUGGCUGUUGUGUCCCUGACUGACAUCAACGAUAAUGCACCUACCUUUACAGAAACAUUGUACAAAGGCAAGGUGAUGGAAAACAAGGCUGACGUACUGGUCCUCAGGGUCCCUGUUCAAGAUAAGGACUUGAAGAACACCCCAAACUGGAAAGCAGUGUAUGAAAUCACAAAGGGAAACGAGACCGGCAACUUCUUGAUCAAGACGGAUCCAGUCACCAAUGAAGGGCUGCUCUAUGUCAUGAAGCCUCUGGAUUAUGAAAAGCAGAAGGUUGUGAACCUGGAGGUUAUGGCACGUAAUGAGAAUCCUCUUGUUAAAACUACCCCAGUCUGGAACAAAACACCAGUGGAGAUCACCGUGGAAAACGAGGACGAAGGACCAGAAUUCUCUCCAUCCGUACUUCACCUCAAAGUCAAAGAGAACAUCCCUAACGGAACUACGAUCGGAACCUACUCGGCCUUAGAUCCGGAGACCAGUAGCAGCAAGGGCAUAAAAUAUUAUAAGAUAACUGACCCAGGCUCCUGGAUCAAUGUGAUGGAGAGCACUGGCGAGCUGAAAACGGCGAAAACCAUCGACAGGGAAUCUCCUCUGGUCUACAAUAACACAUACAACAUUACUGUGAAAGCCGUGGAUGAAACUCAGAAGACUGGUACUGGUACAGUGUUUAUCCUGAUUGAAGAUGUGAACGACAACGAACCAAAGAUUGUGAAUCCAGACAAGGUCCUGUGCCUCAAAGACAAUGCAUGGGGCUCCACGUUACUCGAGGCUGUCGACUAUGACCAGCCGCCGUACUCGGGACCCUUUACGUUUGCACUGGGCAAAGAGGCUGAAGGGACCUGGAAGCUCAAAAGAGCCACAGAUACUUCAGCAGUACUGGAGCAGACUGUGGACUUGGCCAACGACAUUUACAAGGUCCCAGUGCAAGUAAAGGACCUUCAGGGUUCAGGAGAAGUACAGAUUGUAACUGUAAGGGUGUGUGAGUGUGUCAGGAAUGGGGAGUGUAAAGCUCAAAGUGUUUCCAGAAAACUGGGACCCGGGGGAAUCCUUGCUUUGCUCCUGGCCCCGCUGCUGCUUCUGCUUUUGUGCCUGCUGUGUGUCUUUGCAUGCACUACAAAAAGAGAGAAAAUGGCCUUUGCUUUAGACGAUGCUGAUGGUUCGCUGUUCAAAUCGAACUCAGAGGCUCCAGGGGAGGAAGCGAAGGCGCCUUUUAUUAUCCCUGCAAGCGGACUAGAUACGAUGGACAGCUUGAAAGGCGGCUAUCUGGAGCAUCAGAACUCAUUUAGCACGGCCGGAGGAGGAGGAGGAGGAGGAAUAGGAGGCUUUGGGCAGCACACCAUUCAAAGAGACAGCAUGUAUCAGACCAACAUGCAGAGCCAUAUGAUCAAUACGCUUAACUCCGGACAGUAUGGCACAGGCGUUUACGGAGGCACCAUCAACAAGUUUACUUCUGAUAUGUCCACCAUUGACAGGUGGACAACCACCGGGAUGCAUCUACAGGAGAGAAUGAUAAACCUUCACCAGAAGCCAAGGGAACGGUACGCCGACGAUAUCCUGAAGCCUUACGGGGUCGAGGGCACGGGCUCUCCCGCAGGGUCUGUCGGGUGCUGUAGUAUCCUAGAAGAACAGAACACACUGGACUUCCUCGAUUCGCUCGGACCCAAAUUCAAAACCCUGGCCGAUGUGUGCACGAGCAAAAUGGACGGGAACAGGCUGUAACCCGGUGUCAGAACUGACUGGAGGGAACGCCUCUGCUUCUCUGAGUAGAAGAAAAUGAAACGGAGGGAUGUGGAUACACUGGUUUGUUGUGAUUAGCAGCCCGUCAGCACUGUACAGCCAAAUGUAUUACUGGUCAAGGUGAACUUCUGGAAAAAAAAAAACUGCCCCAUUUAAUGUGUGUGUGUUUGUGUGUCACUAUAAAAUGUCUAUUACUGUCCUACCCUAAAACAUUUUUACAGUCCAAGUAUCAAACAUGGGUUUUGUUUUCCGCAAAGCUGAUGCCACCUGCAUUUUAAAAUACCGGCAUUUGACUUUUGCUUGUGCGUUUUUACUGUAGUUUGCAAGUGUUUUUUUAUUUGUUCUUUUAAGUGGCAGUUGUGCUUUUUGUACUAUAUUGAGCUAGAUUUUUAUUAUGAAAUUAAUGUCAAUCAUUCCUAGACUUACUUUAGAAUUAUUUUGUGCUUGCACAGUUUGGCUUUUUUAUGGAACGUUGGUGCUGGUGUGUCACUAAUAUCUAGUAGAACCCGUCUGUACAGUUUAUUCUAACAACCAGUGGGUUCUCCAAUGUCUUUAAUAGGCUGUAAGAUUUUGUAUAGCAUUUUUUUAUUGCUUCAUCCUAGAUAAACCUGCAGCAUGAUGAAAUUGAUUUUGCCCUUUUUGCAUAUGGAUAAAAACAUUUUAAAACAGCCAGCUUAGAUACAAAAGUAUGUGGACACCUUCUCUAAUUACUUAGUUCAGGUGAUUUACACUUACGUUUUAUAAAGAAUUGGUUUCGUUGCUGCAGCGUUAAAAACACACGCUGGAAACAGAGAUGGGAUCUCGAAUACAUCGUAUCGAAUCUCAGCUCUGCCUGCAGCCUAAGCCUGAGCGGCCACAUGAACAAAGAUUGGCCUUUUGUUCAGAUGUGCGCGACUAAGCUGGAUGAGGUCUCUCUCCCUCUCAUGACUGGUGCAAUUACGACCUCUGCUGGCUGAUUGAUGGCACCUGCACAGAGAUGAGAAAAUAGUGCUCUCAGGGUGUCUCUCUGUACACAACGCUGAGCUCACUGCACUCGUCAAAGUGUAGGUGAUAAGAUGCAUACGGCAUGCUGCCCACGUGUCGGAGGGGGUGUGGGUUAGCUUCGUUCUCCUCAAUCAGAGCAGGGAUCGGCAUUGGUGGAGAGGAAGCAUGACUCAAUCGGGCAAUUGGACGCGCUAAAAAGGGAGAAAUAGGGGAGAAAAUAUAAAAAAAGAAAAAACAGAAUUGGUUUCAUUAAGCUUUUGCAUCCAACAUAAGUGCCUGGUGGGAGCCUGUUAUGGCUACAAAAGGUGGGGUGGGGGUUCCAUGUUAAUGGCCGUGGUCUAACAAGCUGAUUGUCCGGUGUUAAUAUAAUUUGACCCGUGUAUACUUCAAUGAGUGAAUUUGUAUUUUGUAGCACAGCGAAGGACCCAGUCGCUCUUUUUAAGGAGUUUUGCAUGUUCUUCCUGUGUCAGUGGUAUGUUUCCUAGUCACUUUGGACACACCAUGGCCUUGACCAGUAAUAAUGAAUGUUUGGAGACAAUGAAUGUAUAAAUAAUUGAUUUUAAACAAAAAAAUUGAACAAACGGGCACUUGGGUGCCGCAGCUGUAAUAUACGCUGGCCCACUUCUGCUGUGAUCUGGGGGUUCAAAUCUCAGUGGUGCUAUCUUCUAAUCAGGAAAGGUUGGCUUUGUCUAAAAUUGUCUGGGAUGAGCGAAAAAGCCUAACCAUUGGGAGGUGCACUCGUCAGUGCUGUCUCAGUGCAGGUCCCAUGGCCAUUUAAAAUAAGGAGGGUUGCGUCAGGAGUGGCAUCCAGCGUAUAAAACUGUGCCAGGUCAGGUUUGCUGACCAGAAUAAUUUUUUUUAGGCGACCCCUAAAUCUGUGUAUGUAUAGAACCAACAGAGUAUCCCUUUUUUCUUAUGUAUUUUCAUGCCUAUCUGACUCAUAUUGUUCCUAUUUGAGUAAACUGAGUUCAAGUACCCAUAAAGCAAACUACUGACUUCCACAUUAUUUUCCAAUGCACCUUAGCUGGAUCUAGAUGCUGUGAUGUAAACCACCAGGCCUUGUCCCAUAUAGCUACCUAUGCUUUAUAAGUGAUCAUGUUUCUUUAGUAUGGAUGAGGAGUGGUGAAAAAUUAAAAAUGUAUUGUAUUGUGCUAUCAAAUAUUGAUUAUUAUAAAGUAAGGAACUUGUUAGAAACUGCUGUAAUUGUUCCACUUUUCUAUUGGACACUGUUGUUGGUUGUUUGUGUAAAUGCUUUUUACUAAACUGUGUUAAAUAAAAAUCUGCUUGUUUAAGAUAAA